AUGGCCAAACACAUCUCCAAAUUUACCACACAAGGUCAGAUGGUGCUCACUACAAUGGCUACAGGGACUGGGAAACCAUUAGUGUGUACACCAUACAGGAUCACAGAAUGUCCUGUCACUCACAAUGUUGCAGUGAUUGAUUUCAGUGAUUUCAGUGAUGGUGGUGAUGGAAACAAACAUGUUGUUGUCAUGGAUACGGACUUCCAAAAACUGUUUGUAUACAGAGGCGACAUCCCUUGUACAUAUAAACAAACAACAGAAACAGGAUGUGAACCAUUUAAUCCCAUGGGGCUGGUGGUUGACAGUUGUGGGAACCUCAUCAUAGGAGAUAAUAAUAACCAUGUAAUCCUACUCCUCAGAGGCGAUGGUGAGUUCCUCAGGAUCAUCCACACCGACACGUAUGGUCCACGGGCUGUAGGAGUUGACAGUGAGGAUGUAGUUUGGGAAAUGUUUUCGUUAAAUGUAAAACUACUACAAUACAACAGACAAACAGAGAAAUGUAGGUUAUCAUGA